GGGAGGAGAGUGAGCGUCAUUCGAGAGAGAGUGGUGCUCAAGUAGAGCGGUGAACGUGGAGGGGAAGUGGUGUUCGGGAAGAGAGAGCGAGCGAGCGAGCGCGGUGGGGAGAGAGAGAGAGAGUGUGGGGGAGGGUGAAUUAGGAUCGUGGUGUUUACUGAGAGUGGUGGCGUGCGUCGAUCGAGUGGUGUCGAGGGAGUUGCGGUGGUGGACGUGAGCAGUGGAACACGUGGAGGGGCAGCGGCGCGCGCGUGGAGAGAGACGGAGUCGUGCUGACGGGGAGGGUAGUGGUGGACCAGGUGGGGAGUGAUGCGGAGUGGUGGUGAGCGGCAAACUCUCAUUCGUGGUGUUUAAAGGGAGUGGCGCGCGAGCGUCUGGGGGGGGGAGUGGUAAUCGGGCUGAGAUAUGGAGAGUGGGGAGCGUUGAAGGAAGGGCGCAGUUGAAAUCGGAUCGUGAUGAACUAGGGGAGUGGUGCACGGGGUGGUGAGCUCGGUUCGUUGUGUACACGGGGGGGGCGAUACGCGUGGAGACGAAAGAUAGACGGCCAGAAAAGUGGUACCCGUGGAGAGAAGAGGUACCCGUGGAGAGGAGCGAGACGCGGGGAGAGCCGAGUGCACUGCAGAGCGGUUGCGGUGUCUCCCCACACCCCACCGCAGCAGUCGCCAUGUACCCCGAGUGCGAGACGAAAUUGAUGCUGGAGCUGGCCAUGGAGUCGUGCCUCCAGCAGCUGCGCCACGAGUGGAACGCCACUCGAGGGCACGGCUGCCCUGGAGAGUGGGACCGAUUGAUAUGCCUGCCGCCAGCAGCGCUGGGCGAGUCGGUGAACCUCACUUGCCCCGACAUCCCCAUCUUCACAAAGAGGGGUGUGGUGACGCACACGUGCACGCGCGACGGAUGGGACGAUCCGCAGCCAUCCUACAUCCACGCGUGCGGCUACGUCUUCCACAACGAGGAAGGGCCCGACCGGCAAACUGACUACAUGACGCUGAAGACAGCGUACACUGUGGGCUACAGCUCAUCCCUCACUUCUCUGGCCCUCGCCAUGCUCAUCCUCUGUCUCUUUCGCAAGCUGCGCUGCACGCGCAACUACAUCCACAUGCACCUGUUCGCCUCGUUCAUGCUGCGCGCCAUCUUCGUGUUCAUCAAGGACAGGGUCCUCUUCACGGGCGAAGCCAUCGACAACUGCGCCCCUGCUCCGGCCACGUGCAAGGUCGUCAUGGUGUUCUUCCAGUACUGCAUCAUGGCCAACUUCAGCUGGCUGCUGGUGGAGGGCCUCUACCUCCACACGCUCCUUCUCGUCUCCUUCUUCUCCGAGAAGAAGUACUUCUACUCGUACAUCAUCAUCGGCUGGGGGACGCCAGCCGUGUUCGUGGUGGUGUGGACCGUCUGCCGCAUCGUCUACGAGGACACUGGGUGCUGGGACAACAAGGGCAACCUGGUGCUGUGGUGGAUCAUCAAGGGGCCCAUCUUGCUGUCCAUCCUCAUCAACUUCAUGUUCUUCAUCGGCAUCAUCCGCAUUCUGGUGAAGAAGCUUUGCUCCCCAGACGUGGGCGGCAGCAGCAGCAGCCACUACAAGCGCCUAGCCAAGUCGACGCUGCUGCUCAUCCCGCUGUUCGGAGUCCACUACAUCGUGUUCGCCUUCUUCCCGGACGAGGCGAGCGAGCUGGCGACGCGCGUGCGCCUCUACUUCGAGCUGGCGCUCGGGUCAUUCCAGGGGUUUGUGGUCGCGAUUCUCUACUGCUUCCUCAAUGGAGAGGUGCAGGGCGAACUGCGGCGCAAGUGGCGGCGUUGGCACGUGCAGCGCUUCCUGGAGCGCGGCGGGCGCCACCGCCACCGCCACCAGCACCACCAGCAGCAGCGCCACCAGCAGCAGCACUCCUCCUUCAUGAUGAGCAACGGCACGAGCAGCGGCGGCCUCACCACCCACAUGUCCCUGCUGCACAAGUCCAGCCCCGGCGGGGAGCGGGCCUCCAGCUCGCGCGACGAGUCUACCAUCAUCUGAGAUUAGUCCACCUUCAUCUGAGAUUAGUCCACCUUCAUCUGAGAUGAGAAGUCCACCUUCACCUGAGACGAGAAGUCCACCAUCAUCUGAGAUUAGUCCACCUUCAUCUGAGAUUAGUCCACCUUCAUCUGAGAUGAGAAGUCCACCUUCACCUGAGACGAGAAGUCCACCAUCAUCUGAGAUUAGUCCACCUUCAUCUGAGAUUAGUCCACCUUCAUCUGAGAUGAGAAGUCCACCUUCACCUGAGACGAGAAGUCCACCAUCAUCUGAGAUUAGUCCACCUUCAUCUGAGAUUAGUCCACCUUCAUCUGAGAUUAGUCCACCUUCAUCUGAGAUGAGAAGCCCACCUUCA